AUGGAUGCGGAAGACAGGGAUAUUGCUGAGAAGCAUGAGGGCAGACAAAGGAGUGAGGAGCGGGAGAAUGAGGACGCGGAUUCGAACGCGAGUCCUGUACAGAGGCAGAGGCCACGCCCACUGCCAGCAGACCUGCCGCGCUCCCUGGACGAUCGCAAGUCAUAUACCGCAUAUGUGCAGCCGGAAACUGAGUACUACGAUGCGUGGCAGGGACAGUCGCAAUUUCUCACUGCACCAACCAUAGCGACGCCCCUCAACUUCAACCUCUCGCUUCACGAGCCAGACGACGAGGGUGCAUUCGGAAAUGAUGAUGCGCGGGUCGCACAUAUGCUGGUCUCCACCAGUCGGGCACAGGGUGACGCUGGCGAAGCAGAAGAGGACGAAAUUCUGCAAGAUGAGAAGCUGUCGCGUGAGCAGAAAGCUGCAUCGCUCCAGGACUUUCUGUUCAUGGCUGCUAGUAAUGGCGACGCACAGAGGGUAACACGACUGGUGCGGGGGGGCCCGUCUGAUUUGAUCGAGAUUGACGGCGUGGAUACGGAAGGAACGCCGCCAUUGGUGUAUGCCAGUUGCUUUGGACAUCGUGAGGUAGUUCAGGCAUUGCUGGAUGCCGGCGCAAGUGUCGACAUGCAGGAUCGAAAUCAGUGGACAGCCUUGAUGUGGGCCAUGACGAAUCGCCACAAGGACAUUGCGAAGUUGCUGCUUGACCAUGGAGCUUCGACGGAGGUGAAGUCAUCGAGCGGUAGAACCGCCUUGGAUUUCGUUCCACCAGACAGCGAAUUGCAGCAGUUCCUCCAACACAGUGGGUACAGUAUUGGGAGUGCAGGCGUGGGAGGUGUGGGAAUAACUGAUGACUACUACAACUCCGGGUUCUCGCAGGACAAGUUCGAGGAGGAGCUUGCGGAGAGCGAGAUGAGGCGGAGGAUGAUGAUGGAGAGCGCAAUCAAUCUGGAGGUCGAUCUGGGGAACCUGGGACUGGAUGAACAGCCCGACUCACCGGAAGAGUAUGAGGACGCGCAAGAAUUUGUCUGGGAUCGCUGUCUGAAUGAUCAAAUGUUCGUUUUCAUGGAGACAGACAUUGAGCGGAUUUUGGAUGUUGUCAUAACCAAGAUGACACCGCAGAGAACGCCUUCCCAAAAGCCCGUGCCUGCGAACAUUGUCUUCCUCGGAGCUCGCUACGCUCAUUACCACGCGGACGCUGACCUCCUCACUGAAUGGCUCGAGUCUGCUCAGGACAAGAUUUAUGCCGUGGUCGAUCGGCACCAAUGGGACAUGACCAUUCUGGCAUUCUGGGUGUCGAACGCAACCUUGCUUCUCUACUACCUCAAGAAAGACACCGGUCUGACCCAAGAGACGACCCAGUUUCAGGCGCAAAUGGCGGAGUUGAUUCAUGAAAUCUACAUACUGAUCAUCCGCGACGCAGAGAGACGUAUGGACAAGGUGCUCGAUGCCGCAAUGCUCGACCAUGAGACUAUUCCGGGCUUCGAGGAUACGGUAUUCCAAAAUGAAUGGAAGUUCCUCCGAAGCAAAACCAAGGUCAAACCCGAGCCUGCUGACAAGCGCUUCCGUCCGCCAUCUCCCAAGCGCAAAGCCCAAAUCUCGCCUCGCAACAUCACUUCACUUCUCUCAUCCACUCUCUUCGUGCUGGACCUCUACGAUGUGCACUCUGUAAUCACGGUCCAGAUCCUCUCGCAACUCUACUACUGGCUCGGCGCCGAGAUCUUCAACAGGAUAAUGUCCAACAAGCGCUAUCUCGCACGCACCAAAGCCAUGCAGAUUCGCAUGAACAUCUCCACUCUCGAAGAUUGGGCGCGGACCAACAGUCGGCAACCUGAGCACUUCGAGAACGGCGCGAUGACAGCAACUGGCGAGGCUACUGUUGAUUCCGCGAGACGACACAUGGCGCCCGUAGUGCAACUUCUGCAAUGGUUGCAAUGUUUCUCACACCUUGGAGAGGAUCGAGAUGCGAUGGAGACGACCAUACAGCAACUACCAAGUCUCAGCACGAAGCAGUUGCUACAUGCUGUGAAGCAUUACAGGGCGGAAGUCGGAGAGAAGACUCUGUCCCGACCCGCGCUAAGACAUAUUCAAGAAGUAAAGAGCAGACCCAAGACCAUUCAAGCUGCCGAGACAUCUACGAUCCCGAAGACGCCCUUCGAUGGAAAGCCGCUGCCGAGUUUGCCUCCAACACCACAGUUGGAGAAGGAGGAAGACGAUGUUCCUCCUGAGAGCAAUCUCAUGAACCCGGCGCUUCUGCUUCCUUUUCACUUACCUACCAGCACCGACAUGCUGGUCAGCUUCGGUGCCGGCUUUGGAGGAGUUAACAAGGAAAGGGAGAGACGAUACAUUCCAAGUGUGCCGCCGGAGUUCCUCAACAAGCUGGAUCCGUCGCCGCAAGCAGGUGGUGCGCAAAGACGGAGUGUGUACGAGGAUGCCAGAUGGGACGAUAGUUCUUAG